GGCGUCAGGCACAUUCAUCAAUGAUAAUGUCAAUGUCAAAAUGAGCUGAGGUGGACUGAAAAAAAUGUAAACAAAGACUUCAAUUUAAAACAAAAGUCUCAAAUAUUUAAAAUAAAAUGAGCGACUCAUCUAAAUUGUUAGAACACAGUUAUGUGAGUCCUCAAUGUCAAUAUUUCGUUGUAAGAAAGAAGCGUUUAUGCCGCAUGACCGUUAAACCCGGGAGACAUUACUGUGGAGAACACGAACCAGAACCUAAAGCUGAAGAUGGACAGGACGAUACUCGAAUACCAUGCCCCAAUGAUCCUAAACACACCUGCUAUGCACGCAAAUUGGAGAAACACCUCAGCAUAUGCAAUGCUCGGCAGCAUGAGCUGCCUGACUACAUUGUGCACAACAUCAAUGCACCCUCUCCACAGGAGGACUCUUCCCUCAGCCCUCGGCUGCCGCUCUCUCAGAUACCUCUGCAGAAGAUACUGCAAGUUAUUCACAAAGUAAAUGUGCUUUAUGAUACAUAUUUGAAAGACAGUAUAGUUAGCGUCCCCGAGCAACCGAUCCACAGCGCGUUGCUGCAGGAGUUCAGCGAGGCCGGACGCACGGAGAGCUCCCGGCGCCACCUGCGGCAGGUGUCGAGCCUCAUGCACCUCAUGGAGAGCGAGCGACUCGUGGCUGACAACACCGCCUACGUGGAGCUGGGAGCCGGGAAAGGGCAGCUGUCGUACUACGUGUGGCAGGCGUGGGGCGCGACCGGCGCGCGCGACAGUCGCGUGCUGCUCGUGGACCGCGCGGCGCUGCGCCACAAGCGCGACAACAAGCUGCGCGACAGCCAGCAGCUCGCACCCGUCACGCGCCUGCGCGCCGACCUCGCGCACCUGCUGCUGGAGCGCGUGCCCGCCGUGCAGCACUGCGCCGCCGUCGUGGGCUUCGCCAAGCACCUGUGCGGCGUCGCCACGGACCUGGCGCUGCACUGCAUCAGCGCGAGCGGCGUGUGCGGGCGCGUGCGCGGCGUGGUGCUGGCGCCGUGCUGCCACCACCGCUGCGAGCGCGCCGCCUACCCCGCCGCCGUGCUGCAGGACCUAGGAGUAGAUGCUGACGACUUCAAUACGCUGCUGGGCAUAGUGUCUUGGGCCACCUGCGGCGACGGCCGAAGCCGCGACCGACGAAAGCGAGACACGAACGGCAGCAACGGACCACACAAUGCUGAUAGCAAUGAUGCCAGUGGAACACACAACACUGACAAACAUGAAGCUGAAGAAGCACAUAAUACUGAAGACAGUGAAGCCAAUGAAUUACACGAUACUGAUAAACUGGAAGCUAAAGAAAUACACAAUAUUGACUCCAGUGAAGCCAGUGGUACACAGGAUCAUAUCAAAUCCGAUGUGCUGGCUCCCGACGAGAUCGCCGAAGAGCUGGGCUCCAAGCACGUAGCGCUGGAGCGCGAGCAGCGCGCGGCGGUGGGGCGGCGCGCCAAGGCGCUGCUGGACUGGGGCCGCGUGCUGCAGCUGCGCGCGCGCGGCUUCCAGGCGCGGCUGGUGCACUACGUGCCCGCCGGCGUCUCGCUGGAGAACGUCUGCAUAGUGGCCACUAAACCUAUCUAACUGAUGACACUAUUAAAUAAGACAAUCCAGAACUGCUAUUUUGGUUUGAUCUGUGUAUAGCUUUUUAUUAAGUCAGUCACGAAAACAUUUUCAUAGGUGUCCCUCAGGGUUCAUUUAUAGGCCCCUUUUUGUUUUUCGUCUAUCUAUAUGAUUUAAUUUACCAUAGCUGUACUUGUAAAUGGGAUCAGUUAUUUUUAAAAACUAACCAAAACAAAUAAUUACUGACAUAGCAGUUUUCAAUUAUUAAUUUGUUUGCAUUUGACACUUUCUGAUCCCUCACUGUCACAGUUCUCUGUUGACGCAACACGGAACAUAUCACGUACCUACCUUAGUCGCCGAGAAUCAAUAAAAGAUUAAAAAAUUGUAAUAUAACAGAUGUUAUUUUGUUAUUAGGUUUACUAAUUGUAAAUAAAACAAGUUGAGCAAAUA